UGAGUUUUAUUUACACUAUCUUGUCGCUAACGCGUAAAAAUAAGCGCUUUAUACAUCUAGCCAAAGAUGAAGUAAUGACAUAGAAUUAUCAUUUUAUAUACAAGUCUUAAAAGUCGCAAGAAUAUAAUUUAGGAUACGAGAAAGCACUCCCCCUAAAGGAAAAAAAGCCUGUGCAUAUUGCACAUUAAGAACAUGAAUUUGACUUCGAUUUAUAGAGGCGGAGUUUGAGGAGGCGACAGCCAAUGACAGCAGGCUCUGGGCUGACGUAAUCGGCAGUGGCGAGUUGUAUCUUCGGUAGUAGGAGGGCUUUGGUCCGGAAGCUGACAGUCAGCUGCUCUAUUUGCUGAGACUCGUUGCAAGUUAGGUCACUGAUUAGAGUUAGGUUGUUAUUCCCCAUACAGGAAGUCCGAGUUUCACCCCGUCAUAGCUUUGUUUAUUAUGGACGAAACCAGUCCGCUCGUUUCCCCACUCAGGGAUGCCACAGAUUUCAGCUACUGUCCCACAGAGCCUAGCAGUCCCCGAAGCGUGUUUGGCGGGGCGCCGGGCUCGGUGGUACGUGUACCGGCUGGAAGCCCUGGACGCAGCCGUGAACGACAGCCGCUGCUGGAGCGGGACAGGGGAGGCUCUCCGCGGGAUGCGCACAGAAAUGACUUCCCGGAGGAUCCAGAGUUUAGGGACAUAAUCCGGAGAGCGGAGCGAGCCAUCGAGGAGGGAGUCUUCCCAGAAAGGAUCUACCAGGGAUCCAGCGGGAGCUAUUUCGUUAAAGAUUCACAUGGGAAAAUCAUCGGCGUGUUCAAGCCCAAGAACGAGGAGCCGUACGGACAGCUGAACCCCAAGUGGACCAAGUGGCUGCAGAAGCUUUGCUGCCCCUGUUGUUUUGGGAGGGACUGUCUGGUGCUGAACCAGGGCUACCUGUCUGAGGCAGGGGCCAGCCUGGUGGACCAGAAGCUUGAGCUCAACAUUGUGCCCAAGACCAAGGUGGUCUACCUGGCAAGCGAGACCUUCAACUACAGUGCCAUCGACAGAGUCAAGUCCCGGGGUAAGAAACUGGCCCUGGAGAAGGUGCCAAAGGUUGGUCAGCGAUUCCACCGGAUAGGUCUCCCACCCAAGGUAGGGUCGUUUCAGUUGUUUGUAGAAGGGUACAAAGAUGCCGACUUCUGGCUGCGGCGAUUUGAGGCAGAACCUCUCCCAGAGAACACUAAUCGACAGCUCCAGCUGCAGUUUGAGAGGCUGGUGGUUUUAGAUUACAUCAUCAGAAACACGGAUCGAGGGAAUGACAACUGGCUGUUAAAAUAUGACUGUCCCAUGGACACUGGGGGAGCUAGAGAUACUGACUGGGUUCUCGUGAAGGAGCCUGUCAUUAAGCUAGCCGCUAUAGACAACGGUCUGGCCUUCCCUCUCAAGCAUCCCGACUCGUGGAGAGCCUAUCCAUUUUACUGGGCCUGGUUGGCACAAGCAAAGGUACCCUUUUCACAAGAAAUCAAGGAGCUCGUCUUACCCAAGCUGUCUGAUCCUAAUUUUAUUAAGGACCUAGAGGAAGACUUGUAUGAGCUGUUCAAGAAGGACCCAGGCUUCGACCGGGGACAGUUCCACAAGCAGGCUGCGGUUAUGCGAGGACAGAUCCUCAACCUAAGUCAGGCGCUCAAGGACGGCAAGACCCCCCUGCAGCUGGUGCAGUUGCCGCCGGUCAUUGUGGAGACGGCACGGGCGCCGCAGCGAGCCAACAGCGAGUCCUACACCCAGAGCUUCCAGAGCCGCCGGCCCUUUUUCACCUGGUGGUAGAGCAGCGAGGGCCGGGGCAGGGGUGCGGGCAAAGCCCCUCCAUCUUAGCCUCCUGGAAGGGAAAGGAGUGAGGCAUUUAACAGGGAAGCUUCCCUUCUCCCCUCAGCUGGCAUCCUGACGGACAGCGUGUCAGACCGAUUGACCUUCUUACGCUCUUUUCUGUGCCUUCUGCUGUCUAUUAGUGGGGGGGGGGGCAACUCUGAGGAAUGUCCUCCUCUGAGGUUUAUGUUUUCAUUCCACUCUCGCCGCACACGCAUCACGCCCUGCCCUGCGUUGUACACGACAUGUUUACAUUCCCAACCUCCUGGGCUGCUAAGCCGCACGUCUAGCAUCAGGCUUUUUCCAGAAGGAAAUGGGGAGGGUUUUGGAAAGGGGGGGGGGGGGCAUCAGGGAUGGCGAACCUUGUGGAGGAGAGCCCAGUGGAGCCUCCAGAUGCCAAACACCUUGAUGUCCACUGCUAGGUUCCUACCUUCAGUGCCAGUGGAGCCUUCAGCCUGUCCCAUCCAGCCUUUUAAUAGAUUGGUGACAGACAUGGCUGUGAGGUCCUGACAGGAGCCGAUCGACAGUUUUUAGGCUGCUUUUAACGGCAUACAAGGUACUAUGUAAUGUCAGUGAACUACGCAACUGCAGAUCCUAGACUUAUUGGUUACUGUUGAUAUAGCAGAUACAGCUGGUAGUUGUUUAAAAAAAAGUUCUAGCUUUUAUUUUAGAUGAUUACGGGGGUUCAUCUGAAAGUUAGUCAUUGGCUGAUUCUAUAUGACCACAUCACUGCUCUCCGGAUGCUAGUUAGGUAGCAGUUUGGGCUAGGAAUCACAGCCUUUUUUCUUCCGAAGGAUUAAACCGCGAAGACCGAAACUGCAAGGCUUCAAUCAGAAACGCCUUCAGGUGUCUUCGGUGUCAGUGAGCUGUUCGUGUUUCCUUUUAUACUCGGUUUCCAAAACAUUUGCCUUCAUGAAUUGUCACUGCGCUUGUAGCUAACGUGGCAUGUGGGACCAGAGGCCCGGAACCACAAGCACCCCCGUGGCCGUCAGCUGCCCUGCGCCUGUUUCUGCUGAGGGGGGUCUCUACUGUCACUAACAGCCUGCAUGCCUGCCUUCUGCUUCCUGUGUGAGAUGCGGUGCCACGUGCUGGGACCUACGGCUGGUCCCCGGGCUUAAUGAGGAUGACUCCCACCGUUGUGUCACCGGCCUUGUGCUGUUCAGGGCAGAUGUGUUUGAGGGGCUUUGCUGGGGCGGGAUGGGACGGGUGGUGGUGUUCCUGCAGUGAAUUUCCUUUCCCGGAUCUGCUUCUCAUGGACUGUGAGCAAAGGACAGAGCAUGUGCAUGUACCUAGUGAUGUAAGGCAGCACUGGGGAUUGUGGGUUUCCAGCAAAUGUACAAUACUGGGCUGAAAAUGCGCUUCUAUAAGCGGAAUAGUUCGUUUUGGGGGGGGGGGGGGGGGUGAUCUCCCUUAUCUCCAGAUGAAAGUGUGCAGUUUGGGCAAAUGGAGAGCAUUUUGUACCCAUAUUUACUGCUGUAGCUACCAAAACUGACCUACAUGUAUUCUGACAAUGCACUGUAUAAUUUAAUGUAAUAUAUUAAAUGAAAAAUAUGUUUAAAGUACGGAAUACACCGAGGAGGACCUCUGA